UAAAUGGCAACUGCAGCUUUGUAUCUCCGUGAACCCUAAUGUACCAUGGCACGAAAAUGAAGCACAAAGCUUUAUUCGCUGCCUCUCAUGGCCGAAUUGCCCAAAACCCUUUUCAGCAAACAUCUCCUGAAACUUCUCAAAUCCGAAAAAGACCCAAUCUCAGCUCUCUCCCUCUUCGAUUCAGCCAUCCGUCACCCAGAUUACACCCCAACCCCUUCCGUCUUUCACCACAUUUUCCGCCGUAUUUCACAAUCUCCGAAACUCCUACCUCAACUGGCGCGAAUUGUAAAUUUGAUUCAAGCCAAGAAAUGCAUCUGCUCCGAAGAUAUCCCAUUGAUUGUUAUCAAAGCGUAUUCCAGUAACUCCAUGGUUGAUCAAGCAUUAGACCUUUUCCAAAGAAUGACUGAAAUUUUUGGGUGCGAACCCGGUAUAAGAUCUUACAACACUCUUCUCAAUGCGUUGGCUGAAUCUAAUCAAUUCAAUCGUGCGGAUUUGUUUUUUAGGAACUUUAGACGGAUGGGUGUUUUCCCCAACUUGGAAACUUAUAACAUUCUGAUCAAACUUUUCUGUAAGAAAAAGCAAUUUGAUAAAGCAAAGGAAUUGUUGAAUUGGAUGUCUGAAAGAGGGAUGGUUCCGGAUGUCUUCAGUUAUGGUACUUUGAUAAAUGGGCUAGCCAAGAGUGGGGAGAUGACCAGUGCCUUGAAGGUGUUCGACGAAAUGUUUGAGAGAGAAGUAACUACAGAUGUGAUGUGUUACAAUAUUUUAAUUGAUGGGCUUUUCAAGAAAGGCGAUUUUUUGAAAGCAAACGAGGUGUGGGAGAAGUUGGUUAACUCCUCAUCAGUCUAUCCAAAUGUAGGUACUUAUAACGCCAUGAUUGAUGGUUUUUGCAAGUGUGGACAAUUUCAAGAAAGUCUGAAAAUUUGGAACAGGAUGAAGGAAAAUAAUCGACAAAUGGAUUUGAUCACCUACAGCACAGUCAUAAAUGUGUUUUGUGAAUCAGACAAUAUUGAAGGUGGCAUGACAGUUUUUAAAGAAAUGAUUGACAAAAAUGUGUCCCCUGAUGUUGCAAUAUACAAUGCUUUGCUCAAUGGGUAUUGUCAUGCAGGAAAGAUUAAAGAAUGCUUUAAUCUAUGGGAUCUCAUGGAGAAAGAUAAUUGCAGGAAUAUCAUCAGUUUCAAUAUCUUCAUCAAAGGAUUAUUUGAAAACAGAAAAGUAAAUGAGGCUCUUUCUCUAUGGAAACAACUAUUACAUGAGAACCCUUCUCUUAUAAACUCCACCACUUAUGGCAUUUUGAUCCAUGGAUUAUGCCAAAACGGGUAUAUAGACAAGGCUUUCACUAUUCUAAAAGAAGCACAAGGUAAAAGUAAAAGUAAAAGUAAAAGCAACAAUCUUGAUGUUUAUGCAUUUUCUUCAUUGAUCAAUGGGUUUUGUAAUGUUGGGAGGUUGAAUGAUGCAGUUUGUGUGUUAGAUCUCAUGGUUACACAUGGCUAUAAUCCAAACACCAAUGUUUGUAACACACUACUCAAAGGCUUUAUUCAAGCUCAUAAAAUUAAAGAUGCUAUCAACUUCUUUGAUAAAAUGGCCACAAGGGGUUGUCCACCUACUAUUGUCACUUACAAUACUUUAAUUGAUGGAUUAUGCAAAUCACAAAGGUUUGAUGAAGCCUAUAGACUUGUGAAGGAAAUCUUGGAAAAGGGAUUAAAGCCUGAUAUGAUCACUAAUAGCUUGUUAAUGCGUGGAUUAUGUCAAGACAUGAAGGUGGAAUUAGCUCUUAAGUUAUUUCACCAAGUUCUUGAUAAUGGUUUCAAACCCGAUGUAAUCAUGUACAAUAUUAUAAUUCAUGGGCUUUGUUCUACACGAAAUGUUGGAUAUGCAUUGGAGUUGUAUCUAAAGAUGGAUGAACACAAAUGUGUUCCCAAUCUUGUUACACUCAACACUUUAAUGGAGGGUUUCUACAAAGUUAGGGAUUGUAUAAAUGCAUAUGUUAUAUGGGGAAGGAUUUUGAAGAUUGGAUUUCAACCUGAUAUUAUCUCAUAUAAUAUUGUUCUUAAAGGGUUAUGUUCUUGUCAUAAGAUGAAUGAUGCUAUUCAUUGUUUGAAUGAUGCUGUGGCUAUGGAGAUUGUUCCAAGUUUCAUUACCUGGAAUAUACUUGUGAAGGCAGUUUUGAAGUCAAUUGGGUGACAAGACCUAUCAAAAUUAACCCUAGAAUCACACCUUUUCUCCAAUCAAACGAUUGAGAGAUGAAGGAAUCGAUUAAAGAGAUGCUAAUCAACCCGAUUAAUCCAAGCUUGCUUGAUUCCGCCGAUUCUUCAAAAG